ACAUGAAUGAACGACAGUCAUAAAAUCCCAAAGAAGAAGAAGAAGAAGACAAAGAAAAUGGCGCAUGGUCUGUUUUGUUGAAUGUUCGACUGUUUCUCUAAACGAGUUUAUCAACGAGCCGUUAACUGCUGCUGAAGAAACAUUCACAGAGUUUAAAGAAAUCAUCGUCAAGUCGGAGGAAGAGAUGGAUGAUCAUCGCAGACUGCUGGAUUUCUCCCGGAGGCCCCAGAUAAUCUUACACCGAAUAGAUUGCCUGCAGUGUAACAUUUAUUACCAGGAGAGGAGAUCCACUUUGGACCAGGAGGAGUUAGAACCUCUGCAGGUGAAACAAGAACAGGAAGAGCCUGAAGAUCAUCAGAUAAAAGAAGAGCAGGAGGAUCUAAAACACCAGCAGAUAAAAUUGGAAGAGAAAGAAGUUAACUGCAGUCAGGGUGAAGAACAGAUUGAAUUAAAACAGGAGACUGAUACCUGCAUGGUGGUUCCUGUUGAUGAGCAAACAGACCACACUGAAUCAGAACCAAACAGGAACCAAGACAUCUUCCAGGAAGCUGCUGAAGCUGAGAACCAAAAUCAGGAAAGAAGAAAACCUUUCUCAUGUGUCAUCUGUAAAAAGCGUUUGACUUUCAAAUCUGUUUUUGAUGCUCAUAUGAGAACUCAUACGGGUGAAAAGCCGUUUACAUGUGUGAAUUGUGGAAAAUGUUUUAGUCACAAACAGCAUUUAACUCAGCAUAUGAUGAUACACACUGGUGAAAAGCCGUUUUCAUGUGUUAACUGUGGAAAAAGUUUUAUUCGAAAACAGGAUUUAACUAAGCACAUGAUGAUUCACACUGGUGAAAAGCCGUUUUCAUGUGUGACCUGUGGAAAAAGUUUUAUUCGAAAACAGGAUUUAACUCAGCACAUGAUGAUUCACACUGGUGAAAAGCCGUUUUCAUGUGUGACCUGUGGAAAAAGUUUUGUUUAUAAACCGGCUUUAACUCAGCACAUGAUGAUUCACACUGGUGAAAAGCCGUUUUCAUGCGUGACCUGUGGAAAACGUUUUAGUCAAAAACAGGUUUUAACUCAGCACAUGAUGAUUCACACUGGUGAAAAGCCGUUUUCAUGUGUGACCUGUGGAAAAAGUUUUAUUCGAAAACAGGAUUUAACUAAGCACAUGAUGAUUCACACUGGUGAAAAGCCGUUUUCAUGUGUGACCUGUGGAAAAAGUUUUAUUCGAAAACAGGAUUUAACUCAGCACAUGAUGAUUCACACUGGUGAAAAGCCGUUUUCAUGCGUAACCUGUGGAAAACGUUUUAGUCAAAAACAGGUUUUAACUCAGCACAUGAUGAUUCACACUGGUGAAAAGCCGUUUUCAUGUGUGACCUGUGGAAAAAGUUUUAUUCGAAAACAGGAUUUAACUCAGCACAUGAUGAUUCACACUGGUGAAAAGCCGUUUUCAUGUGUGAACUGUGGAAAGAGAUUUAGUCUAAAACAGGAUUUAACUCAGCACAUGAGGAUUCACACGGGUGAAAAGCCGUUUUCAUGUGUGACCUGUGGAAAAAGUUUUAGACAUAAACAGGCGUUAACUGAGCACAAGAAGAUUCACACUGGUGAAAAGCCGUUUUCAUGCGUAACCUGUGGAAAAAGUUUUAUUCGAAAACAGGAUUUAACUAAGCACAUGAUGAUUCACACUGGUGAAAAGCCGUUUUCAUGUGUGACCUGUGGAAAAAGUUUUAUUCGAAAACAGGGUUUAACUCGGCACAUGAUGAUUCACACUGGUGAAAAGCCGUUUUCAUGUGUGACCUGUGGAGAAAGUUUUUGUCAAAAACAACAUUUAAUUCGGCACAUGAGGAUUCACACUGGUGAAAAGCCGUUUUCAUGUGUGACCUGUGGAAAAAGUUUUAACCAUAAACCGACUUUAACUUAGCACAUGAGAAUUCACACCGGUCAAAAGCCCUUUUCAUGUGUGAAUUGUGGAAAAUGUUUUAUUCAAAAAUCUAAUUUAACUACGCAUAUGAUGAUUCACACUGGUGAA